CAAAUUCAUGUAUUAUGUCACGCUACCUCGCAAUAUUAUUUUGAUGGAAAACUGAAUUUUGAUCAUUUCGUCGUUACAAGUUAAGUAGAUAUUCAUUCAUAAUUCGCUGUAUUAUGUUAUGGAAAAGGGGUUUAUUAGGUUUAAUGUGUCAAACUCCUCUAUUACUACGAGAAAGGGGCUAGUUUUCAGGGAUUGUUGGUGGGUUUUGUAUGGACAAUAGGCACUUUUUUUUUAAAGCAAACCUGGCAACCUUGUUUCCCGCUAUUUUUAUCUUCCGGAUUUAAGCAAGGCUCAUGGCAGCAGAUAGCACAAUGUGUAAUGGCCAAGAAACGGCCUCCAUGAACGGAGAGCCAUCUUUCAAGCGACAUCGGGAGAGUGGACAGGUCGAGUCCCUGCGGAUUCCGAAGGAACCUCGGAAUAAAGUAACCGUGGUCCUCGGUGCGCAAUGGGGAGACGAGGGAAAGGGGAAAGUGGUUGACCUGCUAGCACUGGACGCGGAUUUAGUCUGCCGGUGUCAGGGAGGCAACAACGCAGGCCACACAGUGGUGGUGGACUCUGUGGAGUACGACUUCCACUUGCUGCCCAGUGGAGUGCUCAACAAGAAGGCUGUCUCAUUUAUUGGGAACGGGGUUGUGAUACACCUGCCUGGCCUCUUCGAGGAGGCUGAAAAGAACCUGCAGAAAGGCAACGGACUGCAAGGAUGGGAGACGCGGUUAAAGAUAUCUGACCGUGCACACAUUGUGUUCAACUUCCACCAAGCUGUUGAUGGGAUCCAGGAACAACAGAGACAGCUACAGGCGGGAAACAAUUUGGGAACCACCAAAAAGGGCAUUGGACCUGCCUAUUCUUCCAAAGCUGCUCGCAAUGGACUGCGAGUCUGUGACCUUGUGUCUGAUUUCACUGUCUUUGCAGAGAAGUUCCGUGUGUUGGCAGGGCAAUUCCUGACUAUGUACCCCGACCUAAAUGUUGACAUUGACAAUGAGCUGCAACAACUGAAGGUGUAUGCUGAGAGGUUGCGGCCCCUUGUCACCGAUGGGGUGUACUUCAUGCACAAGGCCCUCACUGGUCCCAGUAAGAAGAUUCUGGUGGAGGGAGCCAAUGCAGCCCUCUUGGAUAUUGACUUUGGCACCUACCCGUUUGUGACAUCCUCUAACUGCACUGCUGGGGGGGUGUGCACUGGCCUGGGUGUGCCCCCGUCCUAUGUGGGGAGAGUGUAUGGUGUGGUCAAGGCCUACACCACCCGGGUGGGCGUUGGAGCUUUCCCCACUGAGCAGGACAAUGAGAUCGGCAACUUGUUGCAGUCCAGAGGGAGGGAGUUUGGUGUGACGACGGGACGGCGGCGCCGCUGUGGCUGGCUUGACUUGAUCCUUGUCAGAUAUGCCCACAUGGUCAACGGCUUCACUGCCAUCGCUCUGACCAAGCUUGACGUCCUCGACACGCUGCCAGAGAUCAAAGUGGGUGUGUCCUACACUGUAGAUGACGAAUCCCUUCCCAGUUUUCCUGCCAAUAUGGACAUGCUGAUGCGGGUGUCAGUGAAGUACGAGACGCUACCUGGAUGGUGCUGCAGCACUGAGGAUGUGCGGUGCUUUGAGGAGCUGCCCCCUCAGGCACAGAGCUACAUCCGCUUCAUCGAGGACUUCUUGCAAGUGCCAGUGAAAUGGGUUGGAGUUGGGAAAUCCAGAGAAAGCAUGAUCAAGCUGUUCUGAUCAGUUUGGGAACUGAUAUCUUUUGGUUUUCUUGCCAUUACAACAGCUGAUUGGGAGAAGAAUGAUGUUGAAUACUUGGAUGACCAUAAACCUUGGGUUAAAGUCCCAAAGUCUGUUCUGCAGAAAAGCAAAAACUUCACCAGCAAUGUUAUUAGUGAAAUGUAUAACCUGCAUUCUAUAGCUUUCUUUUCUUCUGAUAUGACAAGACAAUAUAUUGACCAUUAUGUUCAUCCUCUGUGUGUAAUGGACAGACGGGUAUUAAAUCUUAAACAACUGUGGUAACCAUACCAGGCUUUCAUCAACCAUUUAAUUGAAGUAGUAAUAUGUUUUUACAACUGUUUGGGUUGUUUUUUUUGUUUGCUUUCUUUUUAAAACAAGAUUUAAAAAUUACUUCACCUUGCAGUUAUUUUUUACACUAUCUUUGCUUAAGGGUUGCGAUACUAGGCUAAUGUUUUUAAGGAGGCCUCAUAAUUAGGUUUUUGGAUGAGCUGGCCUGUUUUACGAAGGAAUUAUUGUCGGGAUUUUAGAUUCUAAAGGGAUGCUGUCUGAAUGCCUUGAUUUCCUAUUGAUCAUUAAAACUUCUUCAGGAUUGGUGGGUCCCCUGCGGGGUGGUUGAGCUAACGUAGGCUAAUGCGAUUAGCAUGAGGUUGUAAGUAACGAACAUUUCCCAGGACAUAGACAUAUCUGAUAUUGGCAGAAAGCUUAAAUUCUUGUUAAUCUAACUGCACUGUCCAAUUUACAGUAGCUAUUUCAGUGAAAGAAUCCCGUGCUAUUGACUGAGGCAAUUGCACAGUUUUUAACAUAUUAGGCACAUUUGGGCAGUCUUGAUACAACAUUUUGAAAUGCAAUGGUUCAUUGAAUCAGACUAAAACUUUGCACAUACACUGUCAUCUAGUGGCCAAUAUCCAGAUGACACCUGGGCUGGUUAAAUUAUGGCCUUUCUCUUGCAUUUUCAAAGAUGAUGGUACCAAAAAAUACAGUAUAUAAAAUAUAUAGUAUUUUACCAGAUCUAAUGUGUUUUUCUCCUACAUUCCUUUCACAUUUCCACAAACUUCAGUGUUUCCUUUCAAAUGGUACCAAGAAAAUGCAUAUCCUUGCUACAGGCAGUUAGAUUUGGGUAUGUCAUUUUAGGCGAAAAUAGAAAAAAAGGGGCCGAUCCUUAACCUCUUAAGAUCAAGAACUUGUGAUUGCACACAAACACACCUGCUGAUGUUUAGAACCUGGGUGGAACUCCACUUUUAAUGUAUAUACAAACUACAAAUGUUUUCCAUUUCUUUCGGUGUAAACAAUAUGCUUCUACCCUACAAUUAUCAAUAAAAUUCUAAGUGUCA